AUGCCCAAACUUGUCUGCACUGUUUAUUUGCCAGAGAAAGAAGAGAAACAGCACCCCCAUCUGCCCCAAGUCUAUCCUGUGCUAAACAAAUCCACUCGGACCAGAGAUAAGCGCAGAGACUCUGAGACACCGAAUAUUUAUGCAAUUGUGUUUCUAUUUUUUAUGAAAGAAAAAAACCAACUUACGCGUCUUGCUGUUGUGCUUCCGGAUAAGUGUAAGCCAAAGCUCUGCCAGCUAGAAUGCAAAAAAGCGUGUCCAGUGAACAGACAGGGAAAGCCGUGCAUAACGGUGGAAAAAGUGUCCCCUGGCGCCACAAUAUCAGAGAUACUCUGCAUAGGGUGUGGAGCGUGCCAGAAAAAGUGUCCAUUCGAUGCAAUUCGAAUCAUUAACUUGCCCACAAGCCUGAACAAAGAUGUGGUGCACAGAUACUCGCCCAACGGAUUUAAGCUGCACAGACUCCCUUUGCCAAAACCGAACAAAGUGCUGGGGCUCAUAGGAACAAACGGUAUAGGAAAAAGCACAGCCCUCGGGAUCCUGUCGGGAAACACUGUGCCAAAUCUAAACGAUUUCAACAGCACUCCUGAUUGGGCUAAAUUGCUCGUCAGGUACCGAGGAUCAGAGUUGCACAAGUAUUUUACAAGACUGCUGAACGAAAAUAUGAAAAUAUCGUACAAAACACAGUACGUUGAUAAGAUACCAAGAAGCCUCAAAGACGAAACAGUAAAAGACGUUCUUCCGCCCGCCACAGAGAAAGUAAAAAAUCUGUACAAGGAGCUGGAGCUUGAAAAGCUGGAGGACAGAAGAGUCAAAGAUCUGAGCGGAGGAGAGCUGCAGAGAUUUGCAAUUGCACAGACAAUGGCAGCAAAGGCGGAAGUGUACAUUUUUGACGAGCCAUCAUCGUAUUUGGACGUAAGACAGCGCAUAAAAGCUGCUACACUGAUAAGAAAGCUUUGCGACGAUAGAAAGUACGUGAUUGUGGUGGAGCACGAUCUCUCAAUUCUUGAUCUUAUGAGCGACUACGGGUGCGUUCUGUACGGAGUGCCUGGAGCAUACGGGGUUAUAUCGCAGCCCUUUACUGUGCGAGAGGCAAUAAACAUUUUUUUGAACGGAAUGCUGCCAACGGAGAAUAUGCGGUUUAGAGCAGAAAGUCUGACUUUCAGAAUAUCCGAAACAGCCGUGAAUGUGGAAAGUGCAGCAGCGGGGAGUUUGGGGGUGGUUAAGUACCCAAGUCUAACAAAAGCGUGGAAAGAUGGGUUUAAACUCACGGCAAAAGAAGGAGCAUUUAGCUCGCCAGAGAUUAUAGUGCUUUUGGGAGAGAACGGAAUGGGAAAGACCACAUUUAUUAAAAUGCUCGCACAAGAGAUAAAAUCAGACAACGGAAACGAGCCACCGAAGCUGACGAUCAGCAUCAAGCCGCAGAAACUGUCUCCAAAGUAUGAAGAUACCGUUAGAAACCUAUUUUUAAUGAAGGCUAAGCAUGCGCUUGUGGACUCUCUGUUCACUGUUGAGGUCAUGAACCCGCUGGAUAUUAAGUCUCUUUUCGAAAAAAAAGUAAAAGAGCUGAGCGGAGGAGAGCUGCAGAGAGUGGCCAUUGCGCUCUGUCUGUCAAAGCCUGCCGAUCUGUAUCUGAUUGAUGAGCCAUCUGCGUACCUUGACUCAGACCAGAGAAUUGUCGUGUCAAAGGUUCUGAAAAGAUUUAUCACAAGCCAAAAGAGAUCAGCAUUUUUAGUGGAGCACGACAUGAUUAUGGCCACAUACGUAGCUGACAGAAUGAUGGUGUUUGAAGGAACGCCUGGUGUUGAGUGCACUGUGAAUGCGCCUGGCGGAGUAGUGGACGGGAUGAACAUGUUCCUGAAGUCUCUUGAUGUCACAUUUAGAAGAGACGCUGAAAACUACAGGCCGCGCAUCAACAUGCCUAACUCCGCGAAGGAUAGAGAACAAAAAGAGAGCGGGAACUACUUCUUUAACAACGAAUAA